AUACCCUUGUUUUCUUUUCUGGCUUCUCCUUCCUCUAGCCUUUUUUUUAUCUAUUUUUUCUUUUACUUCCAGGCGAACCCAAGAGCCUGAGUUCACGAGGAACCCAGCUCGCAAUGCAAUGCAUCAUGGAGGAGCCACCUUAUCUUCAUCCUCCUCUGUUCUUCUCAAAAACCCAUCAGCUCACUUGGGCAAUAUUCUCUUCAUCGCCUCGCUUACCAAAACCUUAUCAGAGUCCGAGACUCGGAACCUUGAUCCCAACUCCACCCCCAUCUAAGAAUGGCGAUGGGGUUGUCAGCAGAGUCAACGAGAGCGACCCGGGUGGACUCCCCGAUGUUAUGCUUCUGCGAAUCAUCGAUUGCCAAGACGAUCGGCACCCACAUGUUAACGACGGACCCGUCAUCCAGCCGGAGCGAGUUAAAAUGAAGAGUUUGGAGGAACUCGGAUUCUCUCAUGAAUCCGCCGAGCGAGCUUGCCCAGCCCUUGCUCAGUACGUGCACCCAUUGCAGGUCGUUCUUCGUCAACCUGAUUCUAGGAAGCGACACCGCCUCCCGUUUCGAAUCCUCCACAAGGAGCUCCACCAGCUUGCCGCCAUCCGAUUCGAUCAAACCUGCCCCGACCCUGACUCGGACCCCGACCCCUUUUUGUCUGGCAUUGGGCCUAAAACUAAGAGAAACCGGCAAUUUAGGGGUGGAGACGAAAUGGGUAGUAAGGGAACCGUUCAAGGAGGGAGAAAGGAGAGGUGUUUUGGCAAAAAGGGCAAGCAUUGGCGCAAUUAAAGAGAGAGAACCAACGUGUUUUGCUUCUUCUUCUUCUUCUUUUCCUCGGAGGACGAUGGGGAAGGGAAAGGGGAAGAUGUAAGAUUAUUAUUGGAGUGGAGUGAGUAGGGGAAGAAAAGGGGGUUCAGGAAAAUGAGCUUGUUUUGUUGAGUUUUGAUAAAUAUGGACAACAUCA